AGGUGCUGGUGCAAAAACAGUGUAGCAAUGGAUCAAAGAAAAAAUGAUAGUUUUGUCCCAAGUAUCACACAGCUGGAAGACUUCCUGACAGAACAUGACUCCAAUGUGGUUUGGCUGUUAGUAGCAACAAUAUUGUCCUGUGGAUGGAUUAUCUACCUAACUUACUAUAAUUCCCGGAACAUUGGACUCAUUUUAACGUUGGUUCUUAACAGAUUAUAUAAACAUGGCUACAUCCAUAUUGGUUCCUUUUCCUUCUCUGUGCUGUCUGGAAAAAUCAUGGUGCGUGAAAUCUAUUUCAUCACAGAGGAUAUGUCCAUCAGAAUUCAAGAUGGAUUUAUCAUUUUUCGCUGGUGGAAGAUGUACAACCCUAAGCAGAAGCAGCAUGAUCCAAAGGCAGAAACUCGACUGUAUAUUAUGGUGAAUGACUUUGAAUUUCAUGUGUACAACCGCUCUGAGCUUUAUGGACAACUUCAAGAACUGUUUGGCUUGGAUCCCACAAUAAUUCCAGCAAAGAAAGAUGAUGAGAGAGCACAAGUAAAUGGCAGGCAGAGAACACACGCCAAUCUUGAAAGUGUUAAAGUAAAAACAGAAUCUCAAGACCCCACUUCUUCAUGGAGAUCACUUAUUCCAGUCAUUAAAGUCAAUGUGAGCACGGGUCGCUUGGCGUUUGGGAAUCAUUAUCAGCCACAAACACUUUGCAUUAACUUUGAUGAUGCCUUUUUGACAUACACCACAAAACCACCUUCGAGCCACCUUGAUCAGUUCAUGCACAUCGUGAAGGGAAAAUUGGAAAAUGUUCGAGUCAUGCUGGUUCCAAGCCCCAGAUAUGUUGGUCUUCAAAAUGAUGAACCACCGAGGCUGAUGGGUGAAGGUUUUGUUGUUAUGCAGUCCAAUGAUGUUGAUAUCUAUUACUAUAUGGAUGAACCAGGUCUUGUACCAGAGGAGACAGAGGAAAGCAAUGAUGGAGAAGCCAGCAAUGAAGACAGCAAAUUACAGGACCUGCCACCAUGCUGGGGUUUGGACAUUGUGUGUGGGAAAGGGACAGACUUCAACUAUGGGCCUUGGGCUGAUAGGCAGAGGGAUUGCUUGUGGAAAUUUUUCUUCCCACCAGACUACCAAGUUAUGAAAGUCUCAGAAAUUGCUCAGCCAGGGAAACCAAGACAGAUCCUUGCUUUUGAACUGCGGAUGAAUAUCAUUGCAGAUGCCACCAUUGAUUUGCUUUUUACCAAGAACAGGGAAACGAAUGCUGUACAUGUAAAUGUUGGUGCAGGAUCCUAUUUGGAAAUAAACAUUCCCAUGACAGUGGGUGAAAAUGGCUACUCACCUACAAUUAAAGGGCAGCUCCUCCACGUGGAUGCCACCAGCAGCAUGCAGUACAGGACUCUCUUGGAAGCAGAAAUGCUGGCUUUCCACAUUAAUGCCAGCUAUCCCCGGAUAUGGAACAUGCCACAGACAUGGCAGUGCGAGCUGGAGGUUUAUAAAGCAACCUAUCAUUUCAUCUUUGCUCAGAAAAGCUUCUUUACAGAUUUGAUCCAAGACUGGUCCAGUGACAGCGCACCUGAUAUUUUUUCGUUUGUUCCAUAUAUGUGGAACUUCAAAGUCAUGUUCCAUCAGUUUGAAAUGAUUUGGGCAGCAAAUCAACACAACUGGAUUGACUGUUCCACCAAACAACAGGAGAAUGUUUAUCUAGCAGCUUGUGGAGAAACCCUGAACAUUGUUUUUUCUCUGCCUUUCACUGACUUUGUUCCAACCAUAUGCAAUACUAGAUUCUCCUUAAGGGGAGAAGAUGUUGAUCUUCAUUUGUAUCUGCCUGAUUGUCAUCCUAGUAAAUAUUCCCUUUUUAUGCUGGUAAAAGAUUGUCAGCCCAAUAAAAUAAGUCCUGAGUCUUGUAUUUCUGCAGAAUGUCAAAGUGGGCAGAAAACAGGCAAGCCCAAAUGGAGGAACAUUACUCAAGAGGAGGCUGGAUGGGUUGAAUGCUGGACUGUCCCAAGUGUUGUGUUUACAAUUGACUACUCCUGGCACCCAAUCUACCCUCAGAAGGCAGAUGAGCAGUUAAAGCAAUCCUUGUCAGAAAUGGAAGAAACCAUGUUGUCUGUGCUGAGGCCAUCGCAGAAAACCACGGACAGUGUGAUUUCAUCUCCCACAGCUUCCACCCGCCUUCCCCUUGACCCCUCGGAGCUGCCCCCAGAUAAGCUCCACGUGGAGCUGGAACUCUCCCCAGAUUCCCAGAUAACCCUGUAUGGACCCUUGCUCAAAGCCUUUCUCUCCAUAAAGGAAAAUUAUUUUGGGGAAGAUGACAUGUACACUGAUUUUGAAGAGGUUAUUUCAAGCCCUGUUUUGUCCCUGUCAACAUCCUCAAGCUCUGGCUGGACAGCUGUAGGAGUGGAAAAUGACAAAAAAGAAAAUGAAAUUUCAGUCAAGCCCGUUCACCCUCUUACUUUACGCCCGUGGGAUAUCACUGUGCUUGUUAAUUUGUACAAAGUGCAUGGGAGAUUGCCAGUGCAUUGCAGUCCAGAUGGUCCAGAGUGCCCUACAGCUUUCUUGGAGAGGCUGUGUUUCGAGAUGAAGAAAGGAUUUAGAGAAACAAUGCUUCAGCUUGUACUGUCUCCAGUGAAUCUGUUUCUUAAUGACAAUUAUCAGCGCCCUGCAGUGGACGAGGUGCUCCGGGAGGGUCACAUCAGCCUGUCGGGCCUGCAGCUCCGUGCCCACGCCAUGUUUUCUGCAGAAGGGCUGCCCCUGGGAAGUGACACUUUGGAAUAUGCCUGGCUGAUAGAUGUGCAGGCUGGAAGCCUCACAGCCAAAGUGACAGCACCACAGCUAGCCUGUCUUCUGGAGUGGGGGCAGACCUUUGUGUUCCACGUGGUGUGCCGGGAGUUUGAGCUGGAGAGGCCCAAAUCUGUAGUCCUGUGCCAGCACGGCAUCGACCGCCGCUUUUGUGACCCCAAGACAAACUCUGUGCCUGGGCCGUGCCCAACAUCAGAUGAGUUAAAGUACACCAUGACACGCUUAGCCAUGGAUGGAGCAGAUCUGUAUGUGGUAGAACAUGGCUGUGCCACCAACAUCAAGAUGGGUGCCAUACGCAUUGCAAACUGCAACCUCCACAACCAGUCUGUCGGGGAAGGCGUCAGCGCCGCCAUCCAGGACCUGCAGCUCAGGCAGUACGUCGAGCAGGUGAACAACUGCAGAACUGGCCUGCAGCCAAUACUGAGGAGGGCAUACUGGCUGGAAGCUGGCUCUGUCAACCUGGGCCUCAUCACUGCUGACAUUGCUUUGGCUGCAGAUCAUCCCUCUAAACACGAGGUGCAGCGGCAUUUCUUGGAAACGCACGAUAGCCGAACCAAGAGGUUGUGGUUUUUGUGGCCUGAUGAUAAUUUGAGAAAUAAGAGAAGCAAGAACAAGUGUGGCUGUCUCGGUGGUUGUCGAUUCUUCGGCGGCACCUUAACGGGACUGGAUUUUUUCAAACUUGAGGAACUGACGCCUUCAAGCAGCUCUGCUUUCUCAAGCACGAGUGCAGAAUCUGAUAUGUUUUAUGGGCAGUCUUUGCUGCAGCCAGGGGAAUGGAUAAUCACUAAGGAGAUUCCUAAAAUUUUAGAUGGUAAAGCAAAUGGUGUCAAAAGAAAAGAUUGGGACUGCAGAUCUGUGGGAAUAGAAAUGGAGAGGAAAGCACAGCACCUGAGCCUCCAAGUGCCGCUGCGCUCCCACAGCUCCUCCUCCUCUUCGGAGGAAACAAGCAGCUCCAGUGCUGCCCUGCCCUUGCUUGCAGGGGAGAAGGACAGCCCCUCAUCCACUGCUGAGGAUCACCUGGGACAGAAGGAGUUCCUGCCCAGUGCAAAAAGGGAAGAUGCUCAUGGAAGUGUGGCGGUGGAGGGUGCAGAGGGCCGGCCUGCAUCCCCUGGCCCCCAGGAGCGGCCCGUGGGGCAGUCCCCCAUGAGGUCCCCGCUGAAGAGACAGGCGUCGGUGUGCUCCGCGUGGCUGGGCAGCACCAAGAGCCUGACGGCGGCGUUCUACGGGGACAAGCAGCCCGUGCCCGUGGGAGUGCAGUUCAGCAGCGACGUGUCCCGCAGCGACGAGAACGUCCUGGACUCCCCCAAGCAGAGGAGGAGCUUUGGCUCCUUCCCCUACACGCCCUCAGCAGAUUCCAACUCCUUCCACCAGUACCGCUCCAUGGAUUCCAGUAUGUCCAUGGCGGAUAGCGAGGCUUAUUUUUCAGCUGCUGAAGAGUUUGAGCCAAUAAGCAGUGAUGAAGGUCCAGGAACCUAUCCAGGGAGGAAGAGGAGGAAAAAGCAAGCUCAGAAAGCUGAAUACAGUAGGGGGUCUAUUUAUCACAGCGUGGAAGGACCCUUAACAAGCACAAUCCAUAGAGAAAUCAGUCAAGAUAUGAAAACAUUGCCAAUUAAGACUCAUCCUUCCCAGGCUUCAUUUGUUUCAGCUCUGGGAGGAGAUGAUGAGCAUGUUGACAAUAUGUAUGUCCUGGACUCUGAGAAGACAGUGGAACGUGAACAAAUCACUUCCCAGCAGCCUGUCAUGGCAUGUUACCAAAAUUACCUGACACAGUUCCAGGUGAUCAACUGGUCAGUAAAGCAUCCGACUAACAAAAGGACUUCCAAAUCCUCAUUGCAUCGCCCUUUAGACCUUGACACACCAACGAGUGAAGAAAGUUCCUCAUCUUUUGAGCAACUCUCUGUCCCAACUUUCAAGAUCGUUAAACAGGGUCUCACAGCUAAUUCAUUACUGGACAGAGGCAUGCAGCUUACAGGAUCAACAUCUAACACACCUUACACUCCCUUGGAUAAGAAGUCUGCAGAGAAUACAGAUGAUGAAACAAUAACAGAGGAAUGGACGUUGGAUCACCCGGUCUUCCAGACACGGACAACGGCAAUUGUGGAAGUAAAAGGAACUGUAGAUGUAGUUCUGACUCCUCUUGUAGCAGAGGCACUGGAUAGGUACAUCGAGGCCAUGGUGCACUGUGCCAGCUCCCGGCACCCAGCAGCAAUCGUGGAUGACCUGCACUGCAAAGUCCUGAGGGAUGCUGUGCAGAACAGCAAAACCAGCUUCUCAGAAAAUUUGUCUUCGAAGCAAGAUGUCAGAGGAACAAAAAUAGACACCACCACAACAGGAACAACAAACCAGGGACCAGCACAGACCAAUCUCUCACUUAAGCAAGAUAAUGUGACAAUUAAAGGUCUUCAGGCCAAUGUUACAGUUCCAAAGGUGAACCUGUGUUUGCUACAAGCAUCUGUGGAUGAAUCCCCAGGAGUUUCUUCCAGCAAAACUGUGACUCACGUUUCCUUAGUAGCUUUGUGUUUUGAUAGAAUUGCUACUCAAGUUCGUAUGAACAGGGGUAUAGUUGAGGAGACUUCAAACAAUGCAGAAACAGGGAGGAAUUCUGUCACAUUUGAUCGUUACAUCCAAACCAGCAAAAUGCAGCCCCAGUCUUCUGGCUCACUGAGAUCCAAUUCUGGAGCAGAAAAAGGAAAAGAAAUUGCUGCUAAAUUGAACAUCCAUCGUGUUCAUGGACAGCUUAGAGGUCUUGAUACAACAGAUAUUGGAACUUGUGCAAUAACAGCCAUUCCUUUUGGGAAAUCAAAAGUUCUUUUUACUUUGGAAGAGUUGGAUGAGUUCACUUUCGUGGAUGAAACAGAUCAGCAAGCUGUUCCAGAUGUAGCUCGAAUUGGUCCUAGUCAAGAGAAGUGGGGUUGGAUCAUGUUUGAGUGUGGAAUUGAAAAUUUAACUAUAAAAGGAGGAAGACAGUCUGGGGCAGUGCUGUAUAACACAUUUGGAGUCAUGGGUAAAUCAAGGGACACAGAGAGAGGUGGAUUGCUUGCAUCAAACAACUCUUCAGAUUCCCCCACUGGUAGUGGCUACAACACUGAUGUGUCUGAAGAUAACCUCCCUUGUGACAGAAUAAGUCCCUCUUCAGAUAUUAAUGGAAAUUCAGUUUCAGAUGAGCAGGAUGAAGGUGUUGAAUCAGAUGAUCUGAAAAAAGAUAUCCCCUUGAUGCCUCCUCCCCCUGACUCCUGCAGCAUGAAGUUGACAAUCAAAGAAAUUUGGUUUAGUUUUGCAGCUCCUACCAAUGUGCGCUCCCCAGCCCAUAUAUAUUCAAGGCAGCUGAACCUCCUGAGCACUGCAACGCCUGCAGUUGGUGCUUGGCUUGUUCCCAUUGAUCAAGUGAAGUCGUCAUUAAAUAAACUGGAAACUGAAGGAACUCUGCGAAUCUGUGCUGUUAUGGGGUGCAUUAUGACAGAAGCUCUGGAGAAUAAAAGUGUGCACUUCCCUCUGAGAAGCAAGUACAACAGGCUUACCAAAGUGGCUCGUUUCUUGCAAGAAAAUCCUUCUUGUUUACUCUGUAAUAUAUUGCACCAUUACCUUCAUCAAGCAAAUUACUCCAUUAUUGAGGAUGCCACUAUGAGUGAUGGCCUUCCUGCCUUAGUGACCUUAAAGAAAGGUCUGGUUGCCUUAGCAAGGCAGUGGAUGAAGUUCAUUGUGGUCACCCCAGCCUUUAAAGGAGUUAGCUUGCACAGACCAACCCAGCCAAUGAAACUGCAGCCAAAUGCCUGCCACGAGCAUGAGGAUGGCCUUGGAUUGGACAAUGGAGGGGGCCUUCAGAGUGACACCAGUGCUGAUGGAGCAGAGUUUGAAUUUGAUGCAGCUACUGUGAGUGAGCACACGAUGCUCCUGGAAGGAACAGCCAACCGCCCUCCCCCUGCCAGCGCCUCCUCCGGGCCUGUCACUGGUGCUGAGAUCAUGAGGAAGUUGUCCAAGACUCACACUCACAGUGAUUCUGUGCUGAAAAUCAAGGGCAUCCAUCCAUAUCAUUCCUUGAGCUACACCAGUGGAGAUACAGCUACGGAUUCACCAGUGCACGUUGGCCGCUCUGGAAUGGGAGUCAGGGAAAGUCCAAGGAAAGAAAGUCUGCUCAGCUAUCUCACUGGGAGCUUUCCUAGCCUGCACAAUCUCUUGGAAGGGACUCCUCAGAGAAGUUCAACUGCAGUUAAAAGUAGUUCUUUAACAAGAACAGGAAAUACUGUGGCCACAGACAUGCUGUCUGAGCACCCUUUGCUGUCUGAGCCCUCCUCUGUGAGCUUCUAUAACUGGAUGUCCAAUGCUGUGGGCAACAGGGGAAGUGUUGUACAGGAAAGUCCAGCCACCAAGUCUGGGCACAACAGCCUUCCAACAGGCGUGGCACCCAAUCUUCCUACUAUCCCCUCUGCUUCAGACUUCAACACAGUUCUGUCCAGCGACCAGAACACCCUGGAUGGCACCCACUCACAGCACAGCACCAGCCAGGAUGACAUUGCAGGAGUGGAAGAGGGCAACCAGGGCUUUCCUGCUGUCCAGCUGGCAGAUGCACAGGUUGUUUUCAAACCUCUUCUGAGUUACACAGGAAUUCAGUCGCAGGAUGCCAUGCCCCUGUGCUACAGGAUGUACUUUGGAGAGUACCUCUCUUUCUCAGGAACUCUGGACUGCCUCAGAGCAGAUAUUGUUGAUUCAGACACAGCAAAGGAAAGGAAAAGCAAGCGAGCCCGAAGGCAAGGAGCUGUCAAUCUUCCUCCUCUGGAAUUCAAGCCAGCUUUGAUGUUGGAGACUUUCAGCAUCAGCGCUGUGGUGAUGGAGAAAUCCAUGUGCACCCCCCACAACUCCACCAACGCCCUUUCCUUCCACGACUUGAACAAGCGCUACUACAACACCUUCCACUGCAACUUCACCAUUUCCUGCCAGUCCAUCAGCCAGCACGUGGACAUGGCCCUGGUGAGGCUCAUCCACCAGUUCAGCACCAUGAUUGAUGACAUCAAGGCCACGCAGACAGACAUCAAGCUGAGCAGGUACACGGCCGGCUCGGCCUCCCCGACCCCCACCUUCAAAACCCGCAAGCACCGGGACUUCCGCUCCUCGGAUUUCAGCCGCAGCUCCCGCGGCAGCCUCAACGGGGGCACCAGGGUGAACAACACCAAGAACAAGAGAGCAAACAACGACAACAACAAGAAGGAGUCCAGGAACAAGAAUUCCCUGGGGAGGUCGGAGCGAAGGACUUCCAAAGUGUCCAGGAAAGGCUCCAAAGAUGUGGUUGACCACGUGACAAUCCAUAUGGAUGACUCCGACUCCAUUACCGUGUCGGAGCAGAGCGAGCCCUCUGCAGAGUGCUGGCAAAAUAUGUAUAAGCUACUGAACUUCUAUUCACUCAUUUCUGAUCCAACUGGCAUCCUAGAAAAGUCUUCUGAAACUUUUGGGCCAACAGGUGUUCGAAGCCCCACUGAGGCUGGCUGCAGGGUGGUGUUUGAGAACGAGCAGGAGAACGGCCGCAAGCGCAGCCUGGUGACCUCGGAGCCGCAGCACGUGACCCUCAUCGUCUUCGGGAUAGGGAUGGUGAACAGAACCCACCUGGAGGCUGACAUUGGUGGCCUCACCAUGGAAUCUGAGCUGAAGAGAAUCCACGGCAGCUUCACCCUCAAAGAGAAAAUGAAAGAUGUGCUACACCAAAAGAUGACUGAGACAUGCGCCACUGCUCACAUAGGAGGUGUCAAUAUCGUCCUGCUGGAGGGAAUUACCCCAAAUAUCCAACUGGAGGAUUUUCCUACAUCUCCUACAAGCACAGCCAAACAAGAGUUUCUAACGGUGGUGAAGUGCAGCAUUGCCAAAUCCCAGGCCCUGUACAGCGCCCAGCGGGGGCUGAAGACCAACAACGCGGCGGUGGUGAAGGUGGGGGCCAUCAGCAUCAACAUCCCGCAGCACCCGGCCACGCUGCACAGCAUGAUGGUGCGCAGCUCCCACCAGCUCUCCAAGCAGAUCUCCGACCUCAUCCGCCAGCCCUCCACCGCCCCCCAGCCGGCCAAAGAAGAUGUGGCCACUCCUCUGCCCUCUGAGAAGACUCCCACGAGCAUCAAUCAGACCCCCGUUGAAACGAAUGAAUUCCCCCAGCUGCCAGAAGGCUUGGAGAAGAAGCCCAUAGUGCUGAAGUUCAGUGCCAUGAUCGAUGGGAUCGCUAUCGGAGCAGCACUCCUGCCCUCCCUGAAGGCGGAGUACAAGAUGGGAAGAAUGAGGAGUCACGGAAUGACAGGUGCCCAAACCAGAUUUAAUUUUGAACUUCCAAACCACAGAUUGCGCUUCACUUCAAAAGUUUCUGCCACUGACAUGUCGACCAUUCCUCCCUCGGCCAGUCUCAACCUGCCUCCUGUUACCAUGUCAGGGAAAUAUGUCAUGGAAGAGCAUGACACUUACUCUGACCAGAUCUGGAGCAUCGAUGAGCUCCCUGCCAAGCAAGGCUACUACCUGCAGGGGAACUACCUGCGCUGUGUGGCUGAGGUUGGCUCCUUCGAACAUAAUCUCACAACUGACCUUUUAAACCAUUUAGUAUUUGUGCAAAAAGUGUUCAUGAAGGAAGUAAACGAGGUCAUACAGAAGGUUUCAGGAGGGGAGCAGCCAAUUCCUCUUUGGAAUGAACAUGAUGGCACAACAGAUGGAGAUAAACCAAAAAUUCUUCUUUACUCAUUGAGCCUGCAGUUCAAGGGAAUUCAGGUGACAGCUACAACUCCCUCAAUGCGUGCUGUGAGGUUUGAAACAGGGUUGAUAGAACUUGAGCUCUCCAACAGACUGCAAACCAAAGCAAUGCCUGGAAGUAGCAGCUACCUCAAACUGUUUGGAAAAUGCCAGGUGGAUUUGAAUCUGGCACUGGGACAGAUUGUUAAACAUCAGGUUUAUGAAGAAGCUGGCUCAGACUUCCAUCAAGUUGCCUAUUUCAAGACAAGAAUUGGAUUAAGAAAUGCUCUCAGAGAAGAAAUCAGUGGCUCAUCAGACAGGGAAGCUGUGCUCAUUACUCUGAACAGACCCAUUGUUUUUGCCCAGCCUGUGGCCUUUGACAGAGCUGUGCUCUUCUGGCUGAACUACAAGGCCGCAUACGACAACUGGAAUGAGCAGAGAAUGGCUUUACAUAAAGACAUUCAUAUGGCCACAAAAGAAGUGGUGGAUAUGCUGCCUGGAAUCCAGCAAACCUCUGCACAGGCCUUUGGGACCCUGUUCCUUCAGCUGACUGUCAAUGACCUAGGAAUUUGCCUGCCCAUCACAAACACACCCCAGUCUAACCACUCUGCAGAUCUCGACACUGGCUCUGCUUUAGUCCUGACUAUUGAAAGCACACUCAUCACUGCCUGCUCCUCAGAGUCUUUAGUUAGCAAAGGUCAUUUUAAAAACUUCUGCAUCCGCUUUGCUGAUGGCUUUGAGACAAGUUGGGAUGACUGGAAACCAGAAAUAAGAGGAGAUCUAGUCAUGAAUGCAUGUGUUGUGCCAGAUGGUACCUAUGAAGUGUGUUCUAGGACAACAGGACAAGCUGCAGCAGAAAGUAGUAGUGCUGGAACCUGGACACUGAAUGUGUUGUGGAAGAUGUGUGGUAUUGAUGUCCACAUGGAUCCAAACAUUGGGAAAAGACUGAAUGCUUUGGGCAACACCCUCACAACGUUGACAGGAGAGGAAGAUAUUGAUGACAUUGCUGACCUCAACUCUGUGAACAUAGCUGACCUUUCAGAUGAGGAUGAAGUUGACACCAUGUCUCCCACGAUACAUGCAGAGAUUGUUGAUCACCGGCGCCAGGGAGCUUCCAGUAUCCAAACUGGAGAACAGCGAGGAAGGAAAUUUAUUAAGCGUUUAGUUGAUAUUAGAGAGCUCAAUGAGCAAGCAAAAGUCAUCGAUGACUUGAAGAAAUUAGGUGCAAGUGAAGGGACCAUAAACCAAGAAAUUCAGCGUUAUCAGCAGCUGGAGUCGGUGGCUGUGAACGACAUCCGCAGAGAUGUCCGCAAAAAGCUCCGCAGAUCCAGCAUGAGGGCUGCCUCCUUGAAGGACAAGUGGGGUCUGAGCUACAAACCCAGCUACAGCAGAUCUAAGAGCAUUUCAGCAUCAGGGAGGCCUCCUCUGAAGAGAAUGGACAGAACAAGCUCUCGCCUGGGAGACAGUGAAGAUCUCCCAGAUAUCCGUGUGGAUGCUGCAUCCCCUGGGCCAAGAGUAACCUUCAACAUACAAGAUUCUUUUCCAGAGGAGACAGAAAUGGACCUUUUGUCCGUAACUAUUGAUGGUCCCUCCCAUUACUCAUCUACUAGUGAAGGCUCAUGCUCGGUAUUUGGUUCACCCAAAACUCCAGUAGUCUUCUCACCCGGCAUUCCCUUCCAGCCUGAAGAGGGACGCCGGGACGACAGCUUGUCCUCCAGCAGCGAGGACUCGGACAAGGACGAUGACCAUGACAGGGAGAGGACCUUUUUUUAUAGGAAACCACCGAGCACCUCUCGCAAGAAAGCCACGGGCUUUGCUGCUGUGCACCAGCUGUUCACCGAGCGCUGGCCAACUACACCCACCAACAGGAGUGUCACUGGCACCACCACAGAGAGAAACAUUGACUUUGAGCUUGAUAUCAGGGUUGAAAUAGAUUGUGGGAAGUGUGUGCUGCAUCCCACGAUGCUCCAGCAAGAGCACGACGACAUUAGUUUGAGAAGGAGCUAUGAUCGGAGUUCCAGGAGUUUGGAUCAAGAAUCUCCCUCAAAAAAGAAGAAAUUUCAAACUAAUUAUGCAUCUACUACUCACUUACUUGCUGGCAAGAAAGUGCCAUCAUCUCUACAGACAAAAUCCAGUGAUGUGGAAACAACAGUGUUUUAUAUUCCUGGGGUGGAUGUAAAGUUGCACUACAACUCCAAGACUCUAAAGACUGAAUCACCAAACACUUCUCGAGGAUCCUCUCUGCCACGCACCCUUUCCAAAGAGUCCAAGCUGUAUGGUAUGAAAGACACUGCCACAUCUCCUCCUCUCUCUAGCACUAUCCACAGCAAGACUAACACCUUACUUCCUCCCCAACCCCCACCCAUCCCAUCAGCCAAAGGAAAAGGAAGUGGUGGAGUGAAAACUGCUAAACUCUACGCGUGGGUUGCACUCCAGUCACUGCCAGAGGAGAUGGUGAUCAGCCCCUGUCUCCUGGACUUCCUGGAGAAAGCCCUUGAAACCAUUCCCAUCACACCCAUUGAAAGGAAUUACACAGCUGUUAGUUCCCAGGAUGAAGAUAUGGGACAGUUUGAUAUACAAGAUCCCUUGGAAGAGUCCACAACAUCCUUGGUGUCAUCCUCAACAUCAGCAUAUUCCUCCUUCCCUGUAGAUGUGGUGGUUUAUGUACGAGUCCAGCCCUCUCAAAUCAAGUUCAGCUGCUUGCCAGUAUCCAGAGUCGAGUGUAUGCUGAAGUUGCCUUCUCUGGAUCUUGUUUUCUCUUCCAACCGAGGAGAACUGGAAACUUUAGGCACAACAUACCCAUCAGAAAGUGUGUCCAUUGGUAGCAGUACUCCACAAAGUGGCUCAAAGAAUUCAGCUGGUAAAUCUGGAGCACCAGGUUCAUCGCCUGGCCUCGGCAGCCCUCUGGGCAGGACAAGGCACAGCAGCAGUCAGUCAGAUCUGACCACUUCCAGCAGCAGCUCUUCAGGCCUGAGCUUUACUGCCUGCAUGUCCGACUUCUCCCUUUACGUGUUCCAUCCCUACGGAGCUGGAAAACAAAAAUCAGCUGUUACUGUGCUAACCCCUGGAUCAGGAGCCUUGGGGAACGUGGAUGAGGAGCCAACUUCAGUCACUGGCCGGAAGGACUCCUUGAGCAUCAACCUGGAGUUUGUGAAAGUCAGCCUGUCCCGGAUCAGGCGUUCAGGAGGCUCCUCCUUCUUUGAGAGUCAGUCUGCAAGCAAAGCUACCAGCAAGAUAGACACCACAUUGAUCAACAUAUCUGCUGUCUGUGACAUAGGAUCUGCUUCUUUCAAAUACGACAUGCGCCGCCUCAGCGAGAUCCUGGCCUUUCCCAGGGCUUGGUACAGGAGGAGCAUUGCCAGAAGGCUUUUCCUGGGUGAUCAGACAAUAAAUCUGCCAGCAUCAGGCCCUGGCACACCAGAUUCAAUUGAAGGAGUGAGCCAGCACCUUUCUCCUGAAUCCUCAAGGAAAGCAUACUGUAGGACAUGGGAGCAGCCCUGCCAAUCCGCGUCCUUCACUCACAUGGCACAGUCACCCAAUGUUUUCAGUGAGCACAGUGCCAGCAGCAGUAUGUCACCUGGGACAGCAUCUCACAGCCUCAAGUCUCCAGCUGUCACAAGAUCCAGGAGUGUGUCUGACUCCUCAGUGCCUCAGAGAGAUACUCUCUCAAAAACAUCAACUCCAUUUAAUAAGUCAAAUAAAGCUGGAAGCCAGCAAGGAACACCAUGGGAAACACUGGUUGUGUUUGCUAUGAACCUGAAACAAUUAAAUGUUCAAAUGAAUAUGAGCAAUGUAAUGGGCAAUACCACGUGGACCACCAGUGGUUUGAAAAGUCAGGGCCGUCUGUCUGUGGGGAGUAGCAGAGAUCGGGAAAUCAGCAUGUCUGUGGGCUUGGGAAGAUCCCAGCUGGACUCCAGAGGGGGAGUUGUUGGAGGUACCAUAGAUGUUAACACCCUGGAGAUGGUGGCUCAUAUUUCUGAACACCCAAACCAACAGCCCAAUCAUAAAAUUGAAAUUACUAUGGGUUCUACUGAAGCACGUGUUGACUAUAUGGGAUCCAGUAUCCUAAUGGGAAUCUUCAGUAAUGCUGAUCUUAAACUGCAGGAUGAAUGGAAAAUUAAUCUGUAUAAUAAUCUGGAUUCGAGCAUGACUGAUAAAAGUGAGAUAUUUGUCCAUGGGGACUUGAAAUGGGAUAUCUUCCAAGUGAUGAUUUCAAGGUCAACUACCCCAGACCUGAUAAAAAUAGGGAUGAAGCUCCAGGAGUUCUUCACUCAGCAGUUUGAUACAAGCAAGAGAGCUUUGUCCACCUGGGGGCCUGUUCCUUACCUCCCUCCCAAGACAGUGGCCAACAACUUAGAGAGAACAUCACACGAGCAAUUGUUGGAUGCAGCCCAUCAUCGCCACUGGCCAGGAGUUCUGAAGGUGGUGUCUGGCUGCCACAUCUCCCUGUUCCAGAUGCCACUGCCAGAAGAUGGGAUGCAAUUUGGAGGAUCCAUGAGCCUGCACGGGAACCAUAUGACCCUGGCUUGUUUCCAUGGACCUAAUUUCCGCUCAAAAUCGUGGGCCUUAUUUCACCUGGAAGAACCCAAUAUUGCAUUUUGGACAGAAGCCCAGAAAGUUUUGGAAGAUGGUACCAGUGAACACUCCACGUACAUUGUGCAAACCCUGGACUUUCAUUUGGGCCAUAACACCAUGGUCACCAAGCCCUGUGGGGCCCUGGAAAGCCCCAUGGCCACCAUCACAAAGAUAACGCGGCGGCGCCACGAAAAUCCCCCUCAUGGAGUUGCCAGUGUGAAGGAGUGGUUCAAUUAUGUGACAGCCACGAGAAAUGAAGAGCUGAACCUGCUUCGGAAUGUUGAUGCCAACAACCCAGAGAGCAGCACGACAGUGAAAAGUUCAAGCUUGUUAAGUGGCUUCAGGGGUGGCUCCAGUUAUAACCAUGAAACUGAAACCAUCUUUGCAUUGCCAAGGAUGCAGCUGGAUUUUAAAUCUAUUCAUGUUCAAGAGCCCCAGGAGCCUUCAUUACAAGAUACAAGUGUUAAACCAAAGGUGGAAUGCAGUGUAGUAACUGAAUUCACUGACCACAUCUGUGUGACUAUGGAUGCUGAACUGAUCAUGUUUCUGCAUGACUUGGUGUCUGCUUACCUAAAAGAAAAAGAAAAAGCAAUUUUUCCUCCUCGCAUUUUGGCUGCUCGUCCAGGGCAGAAGAACUCUGUUGGUGUCCUUGAGGACAGCUCCACUGACAAAGAGGCAGAGGAAAGCAUUACCUACACUACAGUUGACUGGAGGGAGUUUAUGUGCAAUACUUGGCAUUUGGAACCCACCCUCAGAUUAAUAUCUUGGACUGGGAGGAAAAUAGAUCCUGUUGGUGUUGACUACAUCCUCCAAAAGCUGGGCUUUCACCAUGCAAGGACUACUAUUCCUAAGUGGCUGCAGCGUGGUGUCAUGGAUCCUUUGGACAAAGUUUUGUCAGUCCUUAUAAAGAAACUUGGUACUGCACUACAGGAUGAAAAGGAAAAGAAAGGAAAAGACAAAGAAGAAUAUUAAAAGUACAAUGUGACAACCCUAACUCCAUUUGAUUUUAUCAAAGUGUUUUAUUAUAUUUUAAGAACUUAAAUAUGGUUUAAAGAGAAACCUAACAGCUUUUUGCUACUCUAUUUAAAACUUACAUUGUGAGUAACUGUUUACUGUGGUACUUGAUACCAUUCUGUAUUUGAAGUUAUUGCAUGAUGAUGAUGAUGAUGACCAAUGUAUAUUCUGUGAAGGAAUAGCUGGAACACUGUAAAUCUGCUCCUCAGAGUCCAUUUUAUGAUGUGCAAUAUGAUCCUGCAUCUUUACAAUACUUGCAGAUUAACUGUGAAUUUUCUUAAAAUUUUACUUGCCAUAACACAGACCCCUUGUUGAUGUGACCAGUAAUUGAUUUGUUAAUGUAGA